AUGUUCUCACGAUCGAACCACCACCACGACAGCCAGCGUAGCAACUCGCUACCCCCAGCGAGGGGAUCCAGACGUCCCCGCUCACCGGAACCCACCCCUCCAGAGUCGGAGGAAGAAGCUGACCAGCACACAAGGUCGCCGCACACGAAGCGCAUCGUGAAGAAAGGGCGAACUGCCAGCAGGACCGGGCCCGACACCCUUGACUCGGAACCCACCCACACGAAUCCUUCCACCUACGCACCCGACACCUCAACCCCACAUGGGCCUACUGAGACCCCCACGCUCACAACGCCACUGCCGACUCCCUCGACUCACGGGGACGCCGUGUCAGAACAGACCAGGCACCUGGAGACAUUGCUGGACUCUGUCCUCGCAACGUUCGUGAUUAUCCAGGCUGCCUCUACGACGCCAGUUACUCUCAGUAACCACGCGAACGAGGCACUUUCAACCCUUUACAAGCUCACCACACCACUUUUGCCCUCGGAGGACCGGGCACAUGCUGCAACCAACGCCACCACCCCAGCUCUUACACCAGAGCUGAUGAACCCUCGCAAGCAGUCGUACGCAGAUGUGACCAAACCCUGCCAGACCACCUCGAAAACAAAACACCAAGCAAGAUCGUCACCAGCCGGCGCCACUACACGCCACAGGCCCUCUGCUGCCAAUCAGAGGUCCUCCUACCAGCACCCCCACUCCACCAGCCGAGUCAUCGCAAGCUGGGACGGUCAACCAGUACUCCAGUCGUCAUCAUCGCUCAGCCAGUUUGUUAGGAAUCUCAACGAUGCGCUCAAGUUCGACCACGACUCAGCAAUUCGAGGGGACAGGAGAAUCCUUGCUGCCAAUAUCACGAAGUCGGGCAACGUGGCUAUCCAUACUGUCAACGAGGCGAUUGCAGCAGCGCUUCAAAAUCGCCGACAAAUGAUACAUGCUGCUGCUAAUGCCAUCCCCGACUUCAACCGCCCAUCUUACCUCCCAAUGCUGGAGGUGGAUGUUCCAUGGUAUGGCGUCGUAAUUCACGAUUUACCUGCAGCUUCCCUCAGGGAUUCCUUCGACACGGCGGAUGCAGGCGAAGACAUCUGGGCACUACUGGAAGGAGAAGGAGGUGUGGUAAGAAAGGACAUCAGAGGUAAACUCAGGAUUCUGUGUCGAGAUGGAGAGGAAUUCGAGAAGGAGCGCUUGUCGAUGCUGGUCAGGUUCGAAGAUCAGCGCGUCUGUGAUCGCCUUUGUCAGAAUGGUAUCUACCUGCUUGGAUCGUGGCACCGGGUCUCCCGCUACCGCGAAAGGAAGAAACGGAUGACACCCAACUCCUCUCCAACGCCCACCCCCCCAAACACCACAUAA